AUGUUUAGCCUAAGCUCCCCUCCCCUAGCUCUCGAGAGGAAGCUAAAGCUCUCCACCACCUACACUAUUCUCCUAGUGUUCUUCCUCUUCACUCUCUACAUCACCUCAUGCGAAGCUCGUCGUCUCCGCGUCAAUGGCAAGCACUUAAGCAGCAGCAAGUCUUCCUCAUCAUCCCAGGAUGCGACAGAGGUUGCUGAUGCCCAGAAGCAAACGAGAAGCUCGUUGAUGGUUCAUGAUGUGGGGAAGAAGGCUCGAGCUGCCGGAAGCGGCAUCGAUCAGUCGACGGGCGCGGGAGCAACAUUGAUCAAUCGAUCAGGUGGAAUACGAAACACCACGCAUGCCGCUAGGGUUUCGCAGCAGCUUCCUCAUCGCAAGCACGUGGACGAUCAGGGAAUUCACCUGGAUUAUGCUCAGCCUAGAACCCGCACUCCGUAUCACAACUGA